UAAUGGACAAAACUGUGAUCAAGUACAGACACUGUGGAAGAGACAUUUAUAGUUUUUCACGUCAAAAUGCAACAUAUUCUUGUAAAAAUUACGAUUUGGAGAGAUCUCAUUGUCCGUUCUGUCAUCAGAUCCUCACAUUUGGACUUUUAGACGCACCCGUGACACUUCCCUGUCCUUUUAUAAACGGACACAAAGUUGCAUGUGCAUUUUUGAUAGGAUCAGUUCACGGACCAUCAUAUCUUGGAGAAUGGCAUGACACAGAGAUACAUGUAGGGCUCUCAAGUUCAGAAGGUCUGGUCUAUAACUACACCCUCUCAGGGAUCCGGAAAGAUGAUCAUGGAUGGGAACAGUGUGUCUGUUUACAGCUCGUCCCGCCAUGGAGACAUGACCUGAGGGAAUCAUGGGACAGAGUGCUGGAGGAGUUUUCUGCACUUCCAGAAUGGGUUUCAGAACGGUUUCAUGAAGAGAGGGAAUUUGGGUCGUGUUGUUAUGGUUUUGCUCUGACUUUCAUAAACCACAUGCGCUCACUGGAUGGGAAAAUGUCUUUGAGCAGAGAUGAGUUCACAGGACAACAUGUUUUACCCACAAUGAAGACAGUGUCCAUAUACAUGAAGAUCUAUCAUGCAAUAUCACAACAUGGCUUUCACGUAGCUGAGAAAUGUAAUAACAUGUGACACAUGUUUCUUCACAAAACAUUAUAUUAGCGUAAGUGCAUUAUGCAAUAUAGGCAUGUGACGGUAUUAGAUAAUACGGCAUAUCACGUAAUUAACAUGCACACUAUUGUUAUCGUGGGUGCUUCAAAAUACAGUAAAUAAUUUUAGAUAAUCUUUUAGCCAUUAUUUUGACUGCAAUGUAGUUUUUUCCCAUCAACAAAUCAAGAUUUACAACAGAAGUAUAUGCGGCAUAAAUGACACAUGCACAUUC